GGUGGCCACGGCGGAGGCGGCCGCGGCCAUGGCCAUGGCGGCGCCACUCGUGCUGCACCUGCUGCUGGCGCUGCUUCUAGGGUCGGGCGGCCAGAGCAGGGCAGAGCCAGAGCGGGAUAGCCUGCGGGAGGAACUGGUCCUCACUCCGCUCCCUUCCGGAGACGUGUCGGCUACCUUUCAGUUCCGCACGCGUUGGGAUUCGGAGUUGCAGCGUGAGGGAGUUUCUCAUUACAGGCUUUUCCCCAAGGUUUUGGGGCAGCUGAUCUCCAAGUACUCUGUGCAGGAGCUACAUCUGUCACUCACACAGGGCUUCUGGAGGACUCGAUUCUGGGGCCAGCCCUUCCUGCAGGCCCCAGCGGGGGCUGAGCUUUGGGUCUGGUUCCAAGAUUCAGUUGAAGAUGUUGAUAAAUCCUGGAAGGAGCUCAGUAACAUCCUCUCAGGGAUCUUCUGCGCCUCUCUCAACUUCAUUGACUCCACCAAUACUGUCACUCCUACUGCUUCCUUCAAACCCUUGGGGGUGGCCAAUGGUACCAACCAUCAUUUCCUUCGUUAUGCUGUCCUUCCCCGAGAGGUGGUGUGCACUGAGAAUCUCACUCCAUGGAAGAAGCUCUUGCCUUGUAGUUCCAAGGCAGGCCUCUCUGUACUUCUUAAGGCUGAACGCUUGUUCCAUACCAGCUAUCACUCACAGGCAGUGCAUAUCCGUCCUGUGUGCCGGGAUGCCCACUGUGUCAGUAUCUCCUGGGAGCUGAGGCAGACCCUCACAGUUGUGUUCGAUGCCUAUACCACAGGCCAGGGGAAGAAAGACUGGUCUCUCUUUCGGAUGUUUUCUCGAACCAUCACUGAGGCCUGUCCUUUGGCUUCACAAAGUUAUGUCUACGUUGAUAUCUCCAGACAUGGUCAGGAGAAUGAGACUCUUGAGGUGAGCCCCCCUCCAACAUCCACAUACCAGGCAGUCGUCUUGGGAGACCGGAAGACCUAUGCUGUCUAUGACCUGCUUAACCCUGCCACAUUCAGUGGCUCCCGCAGCCUUAACCUGCAGCUGAAGUGGAAGCAGCUCCAAGAUAUUGAGUCUCAGCUAGUUCCAUUUCUGCAUGCCCAACGGUAUGUGAGUGGCUAUGGGCUGCAGAAGGGGGAGCUGAGCACCGUGCUGCACAACACCCACCCGUACCGAGCCUUUCCUGUUCUGCUGCUGGAGACCGUGCCCUGGUACUUACGGCUCUAUGUUCAUACACUGGCCAUCACCACGAAGGGCAAGGACAACAAGCCAAGUUACAUUCAUUACCAGCCCGCACAGGACCGGUUGCGCCCCCACCUCUUGGAGAUGCUUAUUCAGCUGCCAGCUAAUUCUGUUACCAAGGUCUCCAUCCAGUUUGAACGUGCUUUGCUCAGGUGGACUGAAUACACGCCUGACCCGAAUCAUGGUUUCUAUGUCAGCCCAUCCGUCCUGAGUGCCCUGGUGCCGAACCUGGUGGGAGCCAAACCAGCAGACUGGGAAGAAAGCCCACUCUUCAGCACAAUGUUUCCCUCCUCUGACAGUUCCAGUUAUUUUGUGAGACUCUACACUGAGCCGCUGCUGGUGAACCUGCCUACCCCAGACUUUAGCAUGCCCUACAACGUCAUCUGCCUCACCUGCACCGUUGUGGCUGUCUGUUAUGGCUCCUUUUACAACCUUCUUACCCGUACCUUCCACCUGGAAGAGCCCAAGCGGAGUAGGCUUGUCAGGUGGUUGGCCAAUAUCAUCCGCCGAAUCAGAGGUGUUCCCCCUGUGUGACCCACCUGACCCUUCCUCCUCCAUCAAGGUGUUGCCCUCUUCCGUAGAACAGAGCCUGCUCUGUCUCUGAGCCCCUUACCUGGUGGCCUCUGAUCCUCUCCAUCACUUGCCUAACCCACUAGGAACCCAAAGUCAGACAAAGGUCUAAGUGUCCCCAGGAUUGGCCAGAGGAAUAGUGGGAGGAGCAGAACUGGGCUUUCCUGAUCACAUUAUGAUGUGGGUGGAGCCUAUUUGCUGCUGAGCAGCUGAUGUCUAGAAUAAAGUGUGGCUGCCACCCUG